AUGAACACAAGACUACUACAAGAUCAUGAGAUUGAGAACUAUGGCUCGCCAAAAGGAUUCAACGAGCUGUUGGACGAGGUCAAGAAUGUAGUCGACAAGUAUCUCAGUGGCACACCCCUUGGUCAUGGUCAUGGUCAGGGCAAUGGCAUAUCCCCUACCAACCCACAUCGAUCAAUCAAUCUCAAUAUCAAUGACAUUGGCAAUGGAAACACGCCACAUUCAUACUUGGCACAACAAUUGAGGACUUCGACAUCGUUGCCUGCAGGUCGCUUCCAGCUCAAUCCAUCUGCACACCCAUCCCCUCAAUCACAAUCACCUGGAAGUGCGCAACGCACACCAUCGACAUCGGCAACAGAUACAAUCAGCAAGGCUGGCCUACGCGAGUUGUCCAACAUGCUGAACAGACAACGCGAGGGCGAGAUAAACAUACGGGCGAUCAGACAGAUUGCCGCACUGUACAGACAGGCCCGCCAGGCCGAGGCACAGCGCACGAAAUUCGUAGAGGAGAUCGUCAAGGGCAGCUGUCUGCGGUCACUCUUGUCCUUCCUCACGCUGAGAGAGCCAUCAUCCAACUCAUCAUUCGAAUAUAUUGCACAACUAGAGUCGUUAGAGUUGUUGGCGUUGUUGACCGAGUCCGACGCUAUAAAGUCAUACAUUAGACACACAGGCGACCUGCCGAUCAUUGUGAAUGUUCUCGGCUGGGCACAUCGAUCACAACGAUCACUGGAACUCAACUUCUCACUGAUCGACCUAAUAUGCAACCUGGCGACACAAGAGUCAUGCGCGUCCAUCCUCAAAAAGUCUGGCGCCAUCCCGCCCAUCUUCAACAUGGCCACCAACCAAUACAUGAAUGGAGAGUUGCGCAUCCUCUCAAUCAACACUCUAAUCAUAUUUACAAGUUAUUCUGAUCCCAAGAUAAGUGAAGCAAUCAUAGAUAGUGCAUCAUCACUGCGGAUGAUCAUACAACAGAUACAUGAGAACUCAAUACUGGCGUCCAAUGAGGACAUGCUAGACUCCAUUGCCAUCAAGAUGUUGGACCUACUCUAUCGUGUAUCAGAUUGUGCCAAGACAAGGGCAAUAGCGUAUGAGUGUGGAAUUGAGCGACUGGUUGAAUUGCUCAAGGUCAAUGAGAUAUAUCCAAAGUAUUUGAAUCAAGGCAAUUACUUUGUUGUAUCAAACACUUCAGUGUCCCCGGCCAACGAUCCGACGGCGGCCCAGGCCAAGGUCCAAGGCAAAGUGUUACAAUGUUUAGAGAAGCUUGCACAACAUGAGAACAACCGUGUCAAGAUUGGUAUGGCUGGAUUGUUCAACUGCAUGUCCUACCUCAAGCCAAUGUACUUAAUACCCUCUGACAUAUUCCGUUGGAACAUCAACAUCCUCGAGAAGGUACUAAAGUUCCUAAUCCAGUUACUCAACAAUGAUAACAUCAAACAAGUGUUUGUUGAGAAGGAUGGAUGUAAUAUUAUUGUAUCGAUGGUGUCCUCUGACUUCUUGCCAACAAACAUACGAUUGUCAUGUGCUCAGGUACUUGGCCAAUUCGUGUCGCCAAAGAAGACGGAGAGUUCAAGAAUAUAUUACUCUGUGGAUAAGGUCAUGAGCAAUGAGAUUGUCCCAUCACUGAUGAAGUUGUUCAAGUCCUAUCCGGACGAGACAUCAUUGCAACUACUUGUGUGCAAGGUGUUUACCAACCUUGGUGAACAAGAUGAGCUCAGACAGACCAUCUUCUCCGAGGGUGGUAUCCAACUCCUCCACCACCUCUUGACCAAUCCCGACAUUGAGGUCGUCACAGCAGCGUGCGAGUCACUAGCAGUGUUAUCCAACAAUAAGUUCAUUAGGAAGGUACUUAGACUGUUGGACUCUGUUGGAGUGAUUGUUAGACAUUUGAAUGGUGGCGUCCAGCAACUUAAAAGGGGCGCCAUCCAAACAUUAUAUAAUGUAUCACGAGAUGAUGAAGGACUCUUGAUGCUUCUUGACAAUCAUACAGGCGUGUCACCACUCACUAUUUACAAUCUACUCUUUAGCAAUGAUACAAUCACUCAGACCUAUGCCAUCAAGUUGUUGGUUAACCUAUCAUUGGAUGAUCAAUAUGUCAACUGCUUCGUAACAAGAGGUGGACUCAACUCAUUGAUCAAUGCACUUUACUCCAACAAUGAAGCACUUCAACAUUCUGUCUUGGACAUCAUGAACGUGUUACUACAAAGCAACAAGCUGGUCCAGGAGUCAAUCUUUGGCGAGGGCAUCAUUGAGAAGCUCAAGAAGUUGACGGCACAUGAGAACUUGGCCAACCCUUCAUCAAUAUUAUUGCAGCCACUUCGAACAUUAUUUAUUACAAUCAAGCAGUUACAACCUCCAGAGUCACCACCAUAUCAUCAACAACAUGUUUCAAACAAGUCGCCACAUACACCAAUAUCAUCUACAACUUAUGUCUCGCCGCCAAGCGGACCAAGUCCUCCACACAACACAAUCACCAGUGUAUCGGCACCCGAUUUCAAGAGAAUAGAGAAUGUACUGGGCAAGCUGGACCCUGAUCAACUCAUACAAGUGAUCAUGGAAAUGGUUAAGCACGACGCGUCACUGGCCGACCUUGUCCCGGUGGCCAUCAAGUCCGUUCUGACAGGCAACCGCCUUCCCACGCCCGUGUACAGUACCCCGCCACCAUCCACCUCCCCAUCGCCACCCCCAGCUCCAAGACAUGUCGCCCCCCAGAAGACCCCUGCCGCCGCUACUUCAACUACCGCACCAGGCAACAAACGUGGCGGCAACAAGCCACCACCUCCAGAGAAGAAGAAGAUGGGCUUCUCAUGUUUGAUGGAGGAGAUCAUGAUGAAGGUGCCCACAGGAAAGCUGAAUCUCCGUCAUGUGGACAUGGAGAAGGAGGCCGAGCGCAGACAAAAGAGCAUGGUGAUGCAGAACCAAUCAAACAUUCUCAAGGACAUUGUGAACAUUGCCCAACGACGCAAGACUGAGCAGACGGCCAACAAGCGUGUAUUGGUGGAUACAAGCAUAGUCAAUGGAAUGAGGAUAUGGAAGAAGGACUUUGAACUCUGGAAACAGGAAUUGCAAGGAAUGUUCAGGCGUGAUGUCAACCUCACCGUUCUAAUCUAUCGUAUCAUGGACUCUGUCGACAAAGAGUUCCCCUUUGAUGAAGCCAUGGACAUUGCCAAAGUAGAAUCUCCAGAAUCCUUGGCUCAAAGUCUCUGUCGAGUUGGAUUCAAUGUCAAACAAUCAAGGUACACCUCGUCCACGUCGUCCACAUCAUCCAGGUCCUCAUCAUCAUCAUCAAACAACAACAAUGAUGUUGAAGUUGUAGAGUCGAUUGAGUACAUAAGUAUAUCCAAGCCAACAGGUAUGCCUUAUAAGUUACUCUUGUCCACAAUCUUGGAAUACAUGCAGUAA